UGUUCAGUUGCUGUUGAGUUUCCGUUGUGAGCGGUUGGAUCCGCUCAUCGGCCGAACGUUCGCACCGCAGUUUUAGAGUCUCUGGCAAUAUUUUCCUCCUUGUUUUCCAACCUCCGUGGCGCUGUGACGGGAAAAUUCUUAAUAGGCUUCCGUGCCAGCGAGUGCCUCUAAAGUGUGAGAAAAGUUGUUUAUACGUCGUGUGUGGGGAAAAAGGAUUUAUUUUUAAGUAGACUCAACCAGUUAGAGAGUGAAUAUUGCGAUGUAUGAAGUGAAAUACUUGGAAAUGUUGUAAUUAACACAAUAGAGAAUUAAAAGUGAAGGUUUCGGUGUUAUAAAACAUACUUGUGUGAACCCAUUAAAUUCACAAUGCAUCACUCAUUUGUGGCAAUUCUGCUGAAUGUCGCCCUUAUUGCCGGCAAUAUGUUCACACCGGCGAGCGCGUCAUCGGUGAAAAUGGAAAGUGAGGACGGAGUUUUCCUCAACAGAGCACUGAAGCAGCCCUGGGAAGACAGCUUAUCGUCCGAUGACAUUCGGUGCCACUGCAAUCUGCCCAUCUGCAUCACCACGGGCUACAUGUGCAGAACCAACGGCGGCUGCUUCAGCGAAGUCAAGGAGUCCGCAGACGACGAUGACCUGCCCGCGCGACACGGUUGCAUGCAUUUGCUGGAAGACAAACACUUAAAGUGCAACUUGGAAGGUGGAAGGCAUCAGCAAAUCAGAUCAUCAACUGCACUCUUGCGAUGCUGCCAAGAAGAUAUGUGCAAUCACGUUGAUACGCCAGAUAAUAAGAGAUUCAAGUCUGACUCGAGGGCGAGAGAAGGUGAUCACAGCCGAGGAAGCCAGGCAGCCGAGGAGUUCCACAGCUCGGACUUCAGGCCAGUGGCCGGCGACGAGAGUCACGACGAAGUGUGGUUCAAGACCGCCACGAUCGCCAUCACUGUGUGCGGCGCCAUAAUUCUGCUCGUCCUCAUCGCCGCGGCUGUGCGAAUGCUGCGCAGCGACGGCCGCCACUUGGACACGUCCUUAAAGCUGGCCACCGGCGGCAGUCCCGGCUGCAGCGGCCGCAAGAUCAUCCUAGACUUCGGUGACGCGUACAACCAAGUGUACGGCGGCAGUUCGCAGCAGAACGUGAAGCAGGCGCCGCUGCUGCACGACAGCCUGCCGCCGUCGUACACCAUCUACCCGCCGCCGCACUACCACCAACUGCUGAAGGUGGGCGGCGACUCGAAGAACGAGGCGCAGGCGAAGAAGAACCAGAUCAAGAGCCUGGAGUACACGUUGCUGCCGCAGAGCUGCCACGAGGCGCAACAGAAGCCCAUCAACACGGACGUGGCCGCGAAUCCGGCGUUCCGGGACGUGAAUCUCAGGCCGGCGCCGCACGGAGCGCACACGGACGCCGCGGUGGACGCCAAGACGUACGAGAAGGACGCCGUGCCCGCCAAUUGGACAAACAAUUCCAGAGGCAGCGCGUUUGGAGUGUAGAAAAGAUCCCAAAAACCAUUCGAACAGUCUUUUUUUGCCAUGCGAUCGAACCACUAAAACCGCGCCAACUCGGCAAUAUGCGCAUAGAAAUUGUCUCUUCUUUGUAAAUACUUUCACCUAUAUUUAUAUUAUAUAAUGGCAAGUGAGAAAUUUUUCCAAUCCUCUGGAUUUUCGUGCGCCGAGACAAGAAAAUAAAAAACAUCACAGAGACAAGCAAAGUUGCAGAAGAAACAGCACAGCGACUCCAAUUUUCCAUUCUGAGUCUCUGAUGCGUAACUCCGCCUAUUCGGGAGACACGCCCCAUAGCGAAAAUGACUCGCUGAAAAGCGAUUUUUCCUCACGAAAUUUUGUAAAUAAUUUAAAACAAACACUAAAUUUCUGGAGAAAAUUGUGCAAAAAGAAUAAUGUUUGGUGUUUCUUCAGUGUGGAGAGCAAGAAAAAAUCGCUGUUUCUCGUUUUUAAGUGAUAAGUAAGAUUAGACUUUAUAAUUUAUCACAAAAUGGAAAAAGAGAAAAAAAAAUCUUCUUUUGUUCACAAGAUGAGACUGUUUAUUUGUAAUUAUCAGCUAGCAUGUAAUUUAGAAGCACUUUAAGUUCAUGCACAGUUUUUUUUUCUUUGUUUACUUUUGAGAAGAAAGCGACAAAAAUCAUUUUUUAUAUCAUGCAGAAGGAUUUUUUUUCUAUUAAUAUUUAUUUCGUUCUCAUACAAUCUUGUGCACAUUCGUUUCUCUCUCUCUCUCUCUUUAUUUUCUAUUUAAUUGUAAGUUUGAAACUCAUUUUCUCAUCACAACUUAGAUGACUUUUCUUUUUAACCUUUAGAGACUUUUUGUAAAACCUUUACACUCAAUAAUUGCCAGUUAGAAAACGGUUGAAAGGAAAUGAAAUGCGAAAGAGAAGAAAUAUUCAGUGUAUAUUUCUCUUAAUUAGGCUGUGAAUUCAAUAAAGGCCUUUUUCUUCGAAUGUUCUGUACUGAGAGAAGAUUUUUCAAAACGAAAUAUAUUAGCAUGUAAAAUAUGCAAUUUUUAUAUGAAGAUAAGAAAUAAAACAUACAAGUCAAGAUUUCAACACAUGAAAGUUUCUACACAUAAAAAUCACAUUUAUUGUUUAUGAGAAAUAGAGCAAAAAUCUAUGAUAACAAGUGAAUAUAGUAAAGCAUGCGGCCUUUUAUCUAUAAAAUCUCCCCUUUUCCACACGCUGGACUUAAUGUAGGAAAUGUGGAAAGGAAGAAAAACUGACAAAUGAAUGUUCUUUCUGAUGAAAUAAUAGAACUCGUGCCUAAUACAAUUUGUAAUGAGCUUUUGUGGCAUAAUUCCUUCUCUUUAUACACACUAAGAUUAAUGGAAGAAAAGAAACUGAGAAAUAGUGAAAUAUAUUAGCCACAAAAUAUAUUGUGAUAUAUGUAUAAAUAAUUUAAUUACAUGCUCCACAUAUUCUUUCAAUCUGUACUUGAAUUUGCGCGGCAGAGUUCAAGAGUGUCAAAGAAAGAGUGCCAAUUGAUGUGCUAAUAAGAAUUUCUCUGCAAACAACAUUGGCACCUAUUUCAACAUCUCAUCAUUGAAAAUUUCUUAUGCUGAAAGGAGGAAAAUAACAUUGGAGCAUGAAAGUAAAUUUUGUAAUAAUACAGAAUUUCAAUGUAGAAUUUUUAUAAUAAGAUUUGUAUUUGAAAAGUAAUUGAAUAAAUGCAAAGAUAGAAAAA